CGCCUCGGUAAAAAAAAAAAACAGAAAGGGGUUUCAACCGUGAACGAAGAAGAAGAAGGCAUCGAGAUUGGGCAGCGUAAUGAGCAGAAAACGGAGCUUCAACACCACAUUCCCACCGCUUAACCUCAUCAUAAUCACUCACCGAUCCAUUCUUCCCCAAACCUAACCGAAGCCGAACGAGUCAACUCGGCCCUUACAAUGCCAGUGUCAACUCGGUCCUAGACACUACCGAACGAGUCAAACUCGGAACACGACGCUUUAAAGGAGAAGAUGAAAUCGCUUCUUGCGUUGUACGAGCAGCACAAGCAGAAGCACGGCGCCGCCGAAGCAGCACCUACCAACAAGAACCCUUCUUUGAAGGGUGGGACCCGCAUUCUGGUGUUCGUUAGGGUUAGGCCGCUGGCGAAGAGGGAGAAGGAAGCGGGUUCACGGUGUUGCGUCAGAAUCGUUGACCGCCGUGACGUUUACCUAACGUAGUUUGCGUCCGAAAAAGAUAAUAAUUACGGAUUCGGCUACUCAGCACGACGUUUAUUCCACCACGGUCCAAGAAAUGGCACACAUUGCAAACGGAAGAGACACAGGAAACUGUGUAUCUCUACUUCGAGUAAAUAGUGCAAAUUCGAGCCAGAGCAACAUGUUGAUAUUACAAGAGAGUUGCACCAAUUCAACAGGCUCUUUUCUCAUUUAUGCUCCGGUGGACAUUGUUGCAAUGAAUGUGGUUCUAAAUGGUGGAGACCCAGAUUACGUGGCACUUCUUCCUUCAGGGUUUGCUAUUCUCCCUGAUGGAACCACAUCGCAUAAUGGAAGUGGUGGCAUUGGCGAAACUGGCCCUAGUGGUUCUCUCUUAACUGUUGCGUUUCAAAUAUUGGUGGAUUCUGUUCCAACCGCGAAGCUUUCUCUUGGUGGAUUCUGGCCCUAGUGGUUCUCUCUUUCUGUCUUUAAUUUAUGUUAAUAACUGUAUUGCAUCUCAUUCGUGAGCUGGCUCAUUUCCAGGGUUAAAUAUUUAUGUUACAUUAAAUUGCAAUUUGCUUGUUUUGAUAUCAGUGAAAUUUUAUCUUCUCUUCUAUGGCUUCUUUUGAAAAUUUUGUUACUUGCUUAGUUGCUGUGCUUGAGCUUGACAACAGUUCAACAGGAAAAAUUAGUAAAUGAUAAGGUCUUGAGGAGGAUUGAACUUGUUAUGUCAAUAUUACUAGCUGAGUUUCAAGCUCA